CUGUUUUUCAUGCACGACAUUCUAGGCGGAUCAAACCCCUCGGCACAGGCCAUGACAGGCAUAGUCAACAACCCGGAAAUCAAAAGUUUACUCCCAUUUGCCAAACCCAAUGGUAUGGUUCUCCCUAACCAGGAAACCAGCUACGACGACAUUCCUUUCAUCAUUGGUCUUGGAGGGGCCAUAACAAAUGUCUUUCAAACAGGGACCGGAGGGACUGGUCCAACCUUAGGCUUAGCCCUUCAGCAUCUCAUGUUUGGAACCAUCAUAGUCUUUGAUGAUGAAUUAACCGAUGGGUAUGAACCUGGGUCUGGUUUAAUUGGAAAAGCACAAGGGUUUUAUGCUGCUAGCUCUGUAGAUGGUAAUAGCCAAAGUAUCACAUUUACAGCUAUGUUCAAGAAUCGAAAUUACCUGGAUAGUAUUAGCUUUUUUGGGGUUCAUAGAACAGGGGUGUCUGAGUCCCAUUUAGCCAUCAUGGGUGGGACGGGAAAGUAUGUUAAUGCAAAGGGAUAUGCAAAAGUUAAGGCUGUCCCAUUGAACAAUCAACAAAUUACCUAUGGUUGGGAAACUGUGCUCGAAUUUUCAGCUUAUGUUACUUACUGA